UGUUUGUACGACUAGGAGACAUGGCGGAGUCGCCGGCGGCGACUGGGUCUGGGGCCGGCCGAAGGCGCAGGGCAACGGCAACGGCGGCUGCUUGGGGCGGUUGGGGUGGCCGACCCCAACCCCAGAACAUUCUGCUGCAGUUGCGCCAGGGUCAGCUAACCGGCCGGGGCCUGGUACGGUCUGUGCAGUUCCCAGAAACUUUUUUGGCAGAGAGGGACAAGCAGUCCAAAUGGAGUGGACUUCCUCAGCUGCUUCUUAAAUUAUAUUCCACCAGCCACCUCCACAGCGACUUCAUUGAGUGCCAAAACAUCCUCAAGCUCCUUGUAGAAAUUCUUAUGAGGCCUACAAUCUCUAUCCGUGGACAGAAACUAAAAAUAAGUGAUGAAAUGUCCAAGGACUGCUUGAGCAUCCUGUAUAAUACCUGUGUCUGUACGGAAGGAGUUACAAAGCGCUUAGCAGAAAAGAAUGAAUUUGUCAUCUUCCUGUUUACACUUAUGACAAGUAAGAAGACAUUCUUACAAACAGCAACCCUCAUUGAAGAUAUUCUGGGUGUUAAAAAGGAAAUGAUCCGACUAGACGAAGUCCCCAACCUGAGUUCCUUAGUAUCCAAUUUCGAUCAGCAGCAACUCGCUAAUUUCUGCCGGAUUCUGGCUGUCACAAUUUCUGAGAUGGAUACAGGGAAUGAUGACAAACACACACUUCUUGCCAAAAAUGCUCAGCAGAAGAAGAGCUUGAGUUUGGGGCCUUCUGCAGCCGAAAUCAACCAAGCUGCCCUUCUUAGCAUCCCUGGCUUUGUCGAACGGCUUUGCAAGCUGGCAACUCGAAAAGUGUCAGAGUCAACAGGCACAGCCAGCUUCCUUCAGGAGUUAGAAGAGUGGUACACAUGGCUCGACAAUGCUUUGGUGCUGGAUGCCCUGAUGCGAGUGGCCAAUGAGGAAUCUGAGCACAGUCAAGCCUCCAUUGUGUUCCCUCCCCCAGGGGCUUCUGAGGAGAAUGGCCUGCCUCACACUUCAACCAGGACCCAGCUGCCCCAGUCAAUGAAGAUUAUGCAUGAGAUCAUGUACAAACUGGAAGUGCUCUAUGUCCUCUGCGUACUACUGAUGGGGCGUCAGCGGAACCAGGUUCACAGAAUGAUUGCAGAAUUCAAGCUGAUACCAGGGCUCAAUAAUUUGUUUGACAAGCUGAUUUGGAGGAAGCAUUCCGCAUCUGCCCUCGUCCUCCAUGGUCAUAACCAGAACUGUGACUGUAGCCCGGACAUUACCUUGAAGAUACAGUUUUUGAGGCUUCUGCAGAGUUUCAGUGACCACCACGAAAACAAGUACCUGCUGCUCAACAACCAGGAGCUGAAUGAACUCAGUGCCAUCUCUCUCAAAGCAAACAUCCCCGAGGUCGAGGCUGUCCUCAACACUGACAGGAGUUUGGUGUGUGAUGGGAAAAGGGGCUUAUUAACACGCCUCCUGCAGGUCAUGAAGAAAGAGCCCGCCGAGUCAUCUUUUAGGUUUUGGCAAGCGCGGGCUGUGGAGAGUUUCCUCCGAGGGACCACCUCCUAUGCAGACCAGAUGUUCCUGCUGAAGCGAGGCCUUUUGGAGCACAUCCUGUAUUGCAUUGUGGACAGCGAGUGCAAGUCAAGGGAUGUGCUCCAGAGUUACUUUGACCUCCUGGGGGAACUGAUGAAGUUCAAUGUUGAUGCAUUCAAGAGAUUCAAUAAAUACAUUAACACUGAUGCAAAGUUCCAGGUGUUCCUGAAGCAAAUCAACAGUUCACUGGUUGACUCCAACAUGCUGGUGCGCUGUGUCACUCUGUCACUGGACCGAUUUGAAAACCAAGUAGACAUGAAAGUUGCCGAAGUCCUGUCUGAGUGCCGCCUGCUCGCCUACAUAUCCCAGGUGCCCACACAGAUGUCCUUCCUCUUCCGCCUCAUCAAUAUAAUCCACGUGCAGACACUGACCCAGGAGAAUGUCAGCUGCCUCAACACCAGCCUGGUGAUCCUGAUGCUGGCGCGACGGAAAGAACGUCUGCCCCUGUACCUGCGGCUGCUGCAGCGGAUGGAACACAGCAAGAAGUAUCCAGGCUUCCUGCUCAACAACUUCCACAACCUGCUGCGCUUCUGGCAGCAGCACUACCUGCACAAGGACAAGGACAGCACCUGCCUAGAGAAUAGCUCCUGCAUCAGCUUCUCAUACUGGAAGGAGACCGUGUCCAUCCUGUUGAACCCUGACCGCCAGUCCCCCUCCGCCCUCGUCAGCUACAUUGAGGAGCCCUUCAUGGACAUAGACAGAGACUUCACUGAGGAGUGACCUUAGCCUUGCCUCCGAAGGCUGCUGGGCUGGGCCAGUGCGGGUGAGCGUGGGUCCUUGUGCCACACGCCCUGCCUUGCUCCCAUCCCUUCCCUGCCUCCCUGCUGCUCUCUGCCUGCCCCAGGUCUUCACGUGCAGGCUUGGUGGGAGGGA